UUUUUUUUUUUUUUUUUUAAAUAACGUGUUUAUUGAUUGGCUUACUUUAUUGACUGUUCAAAACCCAACCUUGGACUUAAUAAGUAAUAAUAAUACUGGCGAUAAAAAAAAAAUAAAACAUGCAAGCGCUUUCUGAAGAUUUCAGGAGACUGUUUGAAGACUGCGAGCUUUUUGUCUCAGAGAUCCUGCAGGAGGAGAGUCUGGGGAAACACGCUCGGGAAACGAGAGAGAUCCUUCUGAGCAACUUCCAGGUGCUGCGCACCAGGCAUCCUAAUGAAUUUCAGUACAAAGUAGAUUCAGCGAGUUUGUACUCUAAGAAUGAAGACAGCUCAGAUGACACUCAGAGUUUAAACCUCGCCCCGUCUCUGCCCUCCGACAAUGCUUCCGUGGCAUCAGACUAUCAGGACGAAGGCUCUCCUGAAUAUCCUGAAGUAAUCGCUCUGGUGGGAGUUCAGGAGCUGACUAACAUCCAGAAACAAGGUUACCUGGAGAAGAAGCGCAGAGAUCACAGUUUCUUUGGCUCAGAGUGGCAGAAAAGGUGGUGUGUCCUGGACAAUAAUAUCUUCUACUACUUUGGAAGCGACAAGGACAAGCAGCAGAAAGGUGCGUUCUACAUCAACGGCUACGGAGCCGAUCUGCUGGGAAACCUGCGCAAGGACUCCAAGAAGAACUCCUGUUUCGAGCUGAGUGCCGCAGGACGACGCUCAUUUCAGUUUACAGCAAGCAGUCCAAAAGAAGCAAAGGAGUGGGUGCGCCAUAUCAACUUUGUACUUAAGGACCAGCGCUCCCCUUUCAUCCCUUUCGAUGAGGAGGAAGAGGAUGAUGAUGGGGAAGGGAAGGAGGACCAGGAGGAAGAGGAGACCUACGAUGACAUCGACACCGUGAGCUCCACCCACCCUCCGAGCCACACACCUCGACACAGCCUCCCAGAGGGGGAGGUGGAGGUGGAGGAGGAGGAGGAAGAGGAGGAUAUCUACGAAGUGCUGCCAGAGGAUGAUUUUCCCCCGGGGUCCGAAGGAGAGGGUGGUGAAAAUGGGCCCAGAUUUGGAGGCUCAGUGGACUAUGGGAAUUACUACCAGAGCUUGUGGGACUGUGCUGGGGAUCAGCCCGACGAACUGUCCUUCCAGCGAGGAGACCUGAUCUACAUCCUCAGCAAAGAGUACAACAUCCACGGCUGGUGGGUCGGAGAGCUCAACGGCAGCAUCGGAAUCGUACCGAAGGACUUCCUGGCAACAGCGUACAUCCUGUGAGCUCCAACACACAGAUUCACUGCAGCUAUGCUGUAGAUAUGCUGUAUGAGAAGCCAUGCAGUAUGAGGAGAAAGAUCUGGGAGGGAUACUGAAAAAGAAAUGACAAAAAAUAC